AUGGUGGUACCACACAGCCCCCUCCCGGCGCAGAGUGGGGGUCUGCCAGGCACCGGGCCAGCUCAGCUGCCCAGAAUAGCCCAGCCGCCCACCGCAGGCCAGCCGCCUGCCUCGGCCCAGCCGCCCGCCCCGACCCUGCCGCCCACGAUAGCCCAGUCGCCCGCCCCGACCCUGCCGCCCGCGAUAGCCCAGCCGCCCGCCCCGACCCUGCUGCCCACGAUAGCCCAGUCGCCUGCCCCGACCCUGCCGCCCGCGAUAGCCCUGCCGCCCACCCCGACCCUGCCGCCCGCGAUAGCCCAGCUGCCCGCCCCGACCCUGCCGCCCGCCCCGACCCUGCCGCCCGCGAUAGCCCAGCUGCCCGCCCCGACCCUGCCGCCCGCGAUAGCCCUGCCGCCCACCCCGACCCUGCCGCCCGCGAUAGCCCUGCCGCCCGCCCCAACCCUGCCGCCCGCGAUAGCCCUGCCGCCUACCCUGACCCAGCCGCCCGCGAUAGCCCUGCCGCCCGCCCCGACCCUGCCGCCCGCGAUAGCCCUGCCGCCCACCCCGACCCUGCCGCCCGCCCCGACCCUGCCGCCCGCAAUAGCCCUGCCGCCCGCGAUAGCCCUGCCGCCCGCCCCGACCCUGCCGCCCGCGAUAGCCCUGCCGCCCGCCCCGACCCUGCCGCCCGCGAUAGCCCAGCCGCCCGCCCCGACCCUGCUGCCCGCGAUAGCCCUGCCGCCCGCCCCGACCCUGCCGCCCGCCCCGACCCUGCCGCCCGCGAUAGCCCAGCUGCCCGCCCCGACCCUGCCGCCCGCGAUAGCCCAGCUGCCCGCCCCGACCCUGCCGCCCGCGAUAGCCCAGCCGCCCGCCCCAACCCUGCCGCCCGCGAUAGCCCAGCUGCCCGCCCCGACCCUGCCGCCCGCCCCGACCCUGCCGCCUGCCCCAACCCUGCCGCCCACGAUAGCCCAGCCGCCUACCCCGAUCCAGCCACCCGCAAUAGCCCUGCCGCCCGCCCCGCCCCUGCCGCCCGUGAUAGCCCCGCCCCUGCCGCCCGCGAUAGCCCAGCCGCCUACCCCGACCCAGCCGCCCGCGAUAGCCCUGCCGCCCGCCCUGACCCUGCCGCCCGCGCCGACCCUGCCGCCCACCCCGACCCUGCUGCCCGCGAUAGCCCAGCCGCCCGUGAUAGCCCAGCCGCCCGCCCCGACCCUGCCGCCCGCGAUAGCCCCGACCCAGCUGCCCGCCCCGCCCCUGCCGCCCGCCCCGACCCUGCCGCCCGCGAUAGCCCCGACCCAGCUGCCCGCCCCGACCCUGCCGCCCGCCCCGACCCUGGCACCCGCGAUAGCCCCGACCCAGCUGCCCGCCCCAACCCUGCUGCCCGCCCUGACCCUGCCGCCCGCGAUAGCCCAGCCGCCCGCCCCGACCCUGCCGCCCGCGAUAGCCCAGCCGCCCGCCCUGACCCUGCCGCCUGUGAUAGCCCAGCCGCCCGCGCCGACCCAGCCGCCCGCCCCGACCCUGCUGCCCGCGAUAGCCCUGCCGCCCGCCCCGACCCUGCCGCCCGCCCCGACCCUGCCGCCCGCGAUAGCCCAGCUGCCCGCCCCGACCCUGCCGCCCGCGAUAGCCCAGCUGCCCGCCCCGACCCUGCUGCCCGCGAUAGCCCAGCCGCCCGCCCCAACCCUGCCGCCCGCGAUAGCCCAGCUGCCCGCCCCGACCCUGCCGCCCGCCCCGACCCUGCCGCCUGCCCCAACCCUGCCGCCCACGAUAGCCCAGCCGCCUACCCCGAUCCAGCCACCCGCAAUAGCCCUGCCGCCCGCCCCGCCCCUGCCGCCCGUGAUAGCCCCGCCCCUGCCGCCCGCGAUAGCCCAGCCGCCUACCCCGACCCAGCCGCCCGCGAUAGCCCUGCCACCCGCCCUGACCCUGCCGCCCGCGCCGACCCUGCCGCCCACCCCGACCCUGCUGCCCGCGAUAGCCCAGCCGCCCGUGAUAGCCCAGCCGCCCGCCCCGACCCUGCCGCCCGCGAUAGCCCCGACCCAGCUGCCCGCCCCGCCCCUGCCACCCGCCCCGACCCUGCCGCCCGCGAUAGCCCCGACCCAGCUGCCCGCCCCGACCCUGCCGCCCGCCCCGACCCUGGCACCCGCGAUAGCCCCGACCCAGCUGCCCGCCCCAACCCUGCCGCCCGCCCUGACCCUGCCGCCCGCGAUAGCCCAGCCGCCCGCCCCGACCCUGCCGCCCGCGAUAGCCCAGCCGCCCGCCCUGACCCUGCCGCCUGUGAUAGCCCAGCCGCCCGCGCCGACCCAGCCGCCCGCCCCGACCCUGCCGCCCGCCCCGACCCUGCCGCCCGCGAUAGCCCAGUCGCCCGCCCCGACCCUGCCGCCCGCGAUAGCCCCGACCCAGCCGCCCGCCCCGACCCAGCCGCCCGCGAUAGCCCCGACCCAGCCGCCCGCGCAGGCCGAGGAAUUUCAUUUGGUUAAUAUAUUCCCCGGAAAGAAGUCCAUAAAUAAGCAGCGCCUGGGUGGCCCCUCGUCUCGCUCUCCGAACGAAGGUGUCAGCGUAACGAGCCGAAGCCCUCAGCCUGAUUAA